AUGGGGUCCUGCGCCAGCACCGAAAACCAGGUACCCCAGGGGUAUAAGGUCCUGAAGGUACAGGCGGUGGUACAGCAGCAGGGCGACGUGCGGGACUACUACACCUUCGAUAAGCAGCUUGGGAAAGGCAACUUUGGCAUUGUCCACCUGGUAUAUGACAAGAAGACUAAUGAAAAAUUUGCCUGCAAAUCUAUAUCUAAGCGCAAACUGGUGACAUCAGAGGACGUGGAAGAUGUACGGCGCGAGAUCCAGAUCAUGAACCACCUGGCGGGCCACAAGAACAUCGUGUCUAUCCGCGGCACCUUUGAGGACAAAAACUUUAUCCACAUCGUAAUGGAGCUCUGCUCGGGGGGCGAGCUGUUUGACCGCAUUGCGGAGGCCGGACACUUUUCCGAGCGGCGGGCAGCGGAGGUGAUGCGCACCAUCGUGUCGGUGGUCCACCACUGCCACACCAUGAAUGUUGUGCACCGCGACCUCAAGCCCGAAAACUUCUUGCUUACGGAGCGGGGCCCGGGGGGCGUCAUCAAGGCCACCGACUUUGGCCUCAGCCGCUUCUUCAAGGAGGGAAGCAGCCUGGACGAGAUUGUGGGGAGCCCUUUUUACGUCGCUCCGGAAGUACUCAAACGCGCAUACGGCAAGGAGGCUGACAUUUGGUCAUGCGGCGUGAUCCUCUACAUCUUGCUGUGCGGCUGGCCGCCCUUCCAUGGCGACUCGACGCAGGCUAUUUUCAAGAACAUCCUCUCCGCCCCGCUGGACCUUAAAUCGGAGCCCUGGCCCCGCGUAUCACCGGAUGCCAAGGACUGUGUGCGCCGCAUGUUGGCAAGGGACCCGCGCAAGAGGCUCACAGCGGAACAGGUACUUAACCAUCAUUGGAUGCGCGAGAACGGCGCCGCACCCGACGAGGCAUUUGUGCCGGAGAUCCUCAUCCGCAUGCGCCAGUUUACCAAGAUGAACCUGCUUAAGCGCGAAGCCCUCAAGGUGAUUGCCCGUUCCCUUCCCCAUAUGGAGCUGGCGGGCAUGAGGGAGAUGUUCCACGACAUGGACGAGGACGGCUCCGGAACCAUCACAGUGGACGAGCUACGGGAGGGUUUGCGGCGCAAGGGCGCGGAAAUUGCGCUCAGCGAGGUUCAACGCAUCCUCAACGACAUUGACCUGGACGGCAACAGCAAGAUCGAUUACGAGGAGUUUCUGGCGGCCACUAUGCACCUGAACAAGCUCAGCCGCGAAGAAAACAUGAUGGCAGCGUUUGAGUACUUUGAUAAGGACAAAUCGGGCUUCAUUACUCGGGAUGAGCUUGUGACCGCCAUGAGGGACAUUGACCAGGAGGUGGAUGUGGAUGCACUGCUACGCCAGGUGGACAAGAAUGGCGAUGGCAGGAUCGACUAUGAGGAGUUUUGCCUCAUGAUGCGAGCCUCCGACCUGGAUGUCCUCAAAUGUGCACACGAGGUGCGGAUACUUGAGGGAUAA